GCGGAUGAAACUGAAUCUUGAGGCGCCGCAUUACGUUGCGUGCCUGGCCUGCGCGUGUGUGUGAGUGAGUGUCAAGUAGUGCGUCCGUGCAGUGGUGUGCUGGUGCUCAAAGCAAAGGCAGCAAAAAAAAGUUAACAUAAAGCAAAGUAAAAGAGCCACAGUGAAAGAUACGUGCACACACACACACACGAGCCCAACUUGCAAUAAAAAUAAAGUAGAGAAAAGUUGUGUGAAAUUGAAUAGCAAAAGGAAAUUAAAACACAUGCACAUAUAUGUGUACACAUAUAUAAUAAGGAAUUUAAUGGAGCCGCAAAAACUGCCAAAUAAUGAAAAGAUGUGCGAUGCAUAAAUGAAAAGUAAACGAGUGACGUGUAUAAAAAAGACUUCUGGCCUUAAAGCGAUAGUCGCUGUAUAAAAGACAAUAAAUAAUACAAAACGUACCGAAAACAAAAAUAUGUCGCACAAGACGAGCACACGACGUGCCACAGAUCUGGAGUGUCCGCUGGCUUCGCUUGGACGGACCAGCAAUGGGGUGCGGGAUCAGCUGGCGGCAGCCCACUACCAUCAUCCGCAUCCGUUGAGCUCCAGUCCGUUAGACCCGCAAGCCUAUAAGAUGUCGCGCAAAUCACCAAAUCUGGGCCACAAUGUUAACGACACUGUCGCCAACGGGGAGCUAUAUCCACUGGCCUCGCGCAGCUCCACGCCACACAGCGACCAGCAGACGCCAUCGGCAGCGGCCACUACGGCCGCUGUGCUGCACAUGGUGCAGCAGAAGGCGGCCACAUUCGAGCUGCGUGGCCGGCACACGCGGCAUGAUCAGUCCAGCUAUGGCGCACACUCUACCGCGUCUGUGGGCCGCCAUGCGCAAACGAAGAAAUCCCCGGAACUACAGGCGAUGCCUGCACCGGCAACCAGAACCAAUGCUCCUGUGCCGCAGCCGCGCAACUUUCUCACACUGGACUGGCUGCAUGGCAAUAGCGCGGACACCGAAGACUCCAGCGACAAUAACGCUGGAGGUGCUGCCAACGGCGGUAGAAGACGCGGACAAGCCCAAGGCGGACGCUGCAGUGUGCCCACGGUGCUGGGCAAUGGCAACAGUGCCCAGUAUCUGCUGGACAAGAAGAUGGAGUCUCUGUAUCUGGGCAAUGCGCUGCGUGCCCUGCCACUGGGCGCCGAGGCCAGCCAGUACCAAAACGAGCGUUACUACCUGGAGGACUACAGCAGCGGGAGCGGCAACGAGCGAUUGCCAGAACGUCUGCAUCAUCCGCGUAACUCCAGUCCCAGUGAGACGAGUGGCUCGGAUCGUUAUUUGCUAAAUCGCAGCACCAACUCGCCCGCCAAUGCCUUCCAGCUGGACCAUCACCACACCAAAGUCCAAAGUCUCUCCGAUGGCCUGUGCAAUAUGGGUCGUUUUUCACCUAGCCUGGACCAAGGAUAUGCCACGCUGGUGUCGCCUUCGCCCACUGGCCAUCAUCCGAGCACCACGGGUGGCAUUGUUGUGUGCAACAAUCCCAAAAAUAGCAGCCCUAGCGUGGUCAGCGGUGGUGUCAUUACCAGCAGUACUCCCGCUACAACUCCGCGGCGUGGAUUGACCAGCAGCAGCAGCGGCACGGUCAAUGGCACAGCCAUUGGGCCGCCACCCUGGAACCGUAAAGGUCCCUAUCGCUGCGGACCCUACUUUGACCGCCUGCCCGAUGAGGCCGUUGUGCGCAUUUUCAGCUGGCUAGAUAGCUGCGAGCUGUGCAAUGUGGCGCGCGUCUGUCGACGAUUCGAGCAGCUCGCCUGGCGUCCGUUACUCUGGAAGUGCAUCACGUUGCGCGGAGAGCAUCUGAAUGGUGACAAGACGCUGAAGAUGAUCUUCCGCCAGCUGUGCGGACAGAGCUGCAAUGGCGCCUGCCCGGAGGUGGAACGCGUUAUGCUCGCCGAUGGCUGUCGCAUUUCAGACAAAGGUCUGCAGUUGCUCACGCGUCGCUGUCCCGAACUGACGCAUCUGCAGCUGCAGACUUGCGAGGGCGUGUCCAAUCAGGCGCUGGUCGAGGCGCUCACCAAGUGUACCAAUCUACAGCAUCUAGAUGUGACGGGCUGUAGUCAGGUGAGCAGCAUAAGUCCGAAUCCCCACAUGGAGCCGCCGCGUCGUCUACUGCUGCAAUAUCUGGACCUGACCGAUUGCAUGGCCAUCGAUGACAUGGGCCUUAAAAUUGUGGUCAAAAAUUGUCCACAGCUGGUGUAUUUGUAUCUGCGCCGCUGCAUUCAAAUUACAGAUGCGGGUCUGAAGUUUGUGCCCAGCUUUUGUGUCUCGCUGAAGGAGCUGAGCGUCUCGGACUGCGUCAACAUUACGGACUUUGGUCUGUAUGAGCUAGCCAAGCUGGGCGCCGCCUUGCGCUAUCUAUCUGUGGCCAAAUGCGAGAGAGUCUCUGAUGCGGGCCUGAAGGUCAUUGCACGCCGGUGCUACAAGCUGCGCUAUUUGAAUGCGCGCGGCUGCGAGGCAGUCAGCGAUGAUUCCAUCACAGUGCUGGCUCGCUCCUGCCCCCGCCUGCGCGCCCUUGACAUUGGCAAGUGCGAUGUGAGCGAUGCGGGUCUGCGCGCGCUCGCCGAGAGUUGCCCGAACCUAAAAAAGCUCAGCCUACGCAAUUGUGAUAUGAUUACGGACCGUGGCGUACAAUGCAUAGCCUAUUACUGUCGCGGACUGCAGCAGCUUAACAUACAGGACUGCCAGAUAUCCAUCGAGGGCUAUCGGGCGGUCAAGAAGUACUGCAAGCGCUGCAUCAUUGAGCAUACCAAUCCAGGUUUCUGUUGAGGGAUCCCAAGCUGAAGCUGGUACACGUUAAAGCAAAGAGGCAGGCCAUAUGAGCAAAGAUGUUCUAAACAAAAUAAAUACAUGCACACACACACACACACAAAAUGUUAAUUGUUAGUUGUAGUUGUUAUUUUGUAAAUACAUACUUAAGCAGCUUCUGUAUAUAUGGCUGGAGAGGAUUAGCAUAGGCCAUAGAGCAUUUUGCUAGCAUUUAAGUAGCGCGGCUUUUAGACUAAUUCUUGCAUAAUAAAUUAUUUCAUAUAACCCCCUAA